CGUUUGAACAGUUUCAAUCGGUUUUCAGACACUCACAGUGAUACUUGCGAUUUUUUCAAACGAGAAACGCGAAAAAUAAAUAAAUAAAUAAAUAAAUGAAAAUAAAAUUGUGAAAAAUAAAUGAGAAAUUAUUAAAAAUAUUUUCGAGACAGAAGAAAAAUUUGAAAAAAUAAAAGAAAGUGAAAGCCUCAAAAAAAAUUUGUUAUUAAAUUGAAGAAAAAAAAGAGUGAAUUAAAUUUUAUUUUUAUUGUGUCCUAUCAAACACACCUUACUUCUGUGGAUUACGUGCAAAAAAAACAACCUGUUUAUAUAUAUUUUAUUGUGUCCAACUUACAAUUUCCGUUAAUUUCAAUUGUGUGUAAACUGAGGAGCAACAGGUGAAGUGAAGCGUGAGGGAAUUAUCAGCAGUGAAAUUUUUUUUUCAUUUUCAUUUGCGACGAUACAAAUAUACUCGCAGAGCAGUUCCAACAAAAAAAUAGGAAGGAAAGCUUAAGCUGGAAAAAGAUUUUAUAAAUAAAAAAAUAAUUUUGUUGUAUGUGUAAAUAGAAGUGGAUUAAUAAGAAACGAAACAGAAUGAAGCUUAUAAUUGUCAUUAAUAUUAUUGUUGUGACAUGUGGCCUAGCACAAUCAUAUUCGAUCUAUGGCAAUGCAAAACGUCGUUCGAAUAGUAUGCUUGCGCCAAUGGUGCCAAUGUAUCCACAACAACUAACGCCACAGUAUUACGAUAAUCGAGCAAGUACAAGCUAUUUACAGCCACAGCCAAUGCAAUAUUUAUCUGUACCAUAUAUGCAGCAACAGUCACAGCAGCAACAGCCCACACAGCAGCAGCAACAACAACAACAACAACAACAGCCACAGCGUACUGCUGAUGAUUAUAAUUAUAGAUCAAAUCCUAGUUAUUUCUAUUAUCCACAACAACGUGAUCAAUAUCAAGAGCAACUUUAUGGCAUUCCAACCUAUCAUGGAGACUAUAAUCCAAAGCCAUACUAUUUCGCUCGUCCAAGUUACAUGACAGAGGAUGAUCGAUUAGAAACAACAAAUCCUCUUGACUAUUUGCAUGAGGAGAUACUUGAAGAGAAUGAGAGAGCACGCAAUAAUGCUGCAUUUAUGCAAAACUUAGCUUUAUAUAAUAAACAAUUAGAUAGCUUGCAAGGAAGAACACAACAAUUGCAACAAAUACAGGAGCUCUAUAAUCUCAAACCAAAUAGUGAAUUUGAUGAUUAUGAGAUGAUUGAACAGCCAACAGAUUGGUACGAUCAGACUGCAAUUCUUCUCGAUCCAAAUACAUAUGAAAAUUAUAUGCCACCACAACAGCAGCCGCAACCACAAUAUCAACAACGUCCACUUGAUUAUGAUGAUGAAAUGGUUAAGGAAUUAAAAGAAUUAAAACAAAAUCGUAAAAGUAUGAACAUCGCACGAAGUUAUGAGAUGCCAAAGCAACAAAUUUAUAGCAAUCAAGAUUGGCAACAAGACAUGCCACCAGAGAAUGAGGAUGAGGAUGUAAUGGAACCAGAUAAUUACGAUGACGAGUGGAUCAAUUGGGGAGGUCAAAAGCGCAGCAUUCAACCGAAGAAAGAUUUUGCCGACGGCAAACAAACACAAACGAUUGACAAACAAUCAAAAUUAACAAAAGUGACAUCGAAAAUGGCAACUGUGACAACAUCGAAGCCUGUAUCAUCAUCAGUAUCAACAACAACGACGAUUAAGGCAUCGACAGACAAUUCAAAAUUACUUGGAAAAUUACAUAAAGGACAAAAAGAAGUUGUUCUUCCACGUCCAGCAACACCCGUACGACGACCAUUUACCGAGUCAAUCAUGAAGUCAUUAGGCACAAAUAUUGAUGAGAAGCAGGCAUCAUCUGAGCAGGCAGCACCAAUUUAUAAAACAAUCAAGCAAAUAAUUGAUAUGGAGCAGAGUCUUAGUCAUUUGUCAGACAAUCAACUUCCAACAUCAAAGAUUCGAAAGCGUUUCGUGACAAAUGAAGAAGCUCUUGCACAACAGCUUAACGGCUUGAAGCGAACAUCUAAGUAAAUAUUAAUAAACUUACAUUUAAUCGCUUACACUUAAUUGAUUUUUCGGAGUAAUUAAUAACAUUUAAGACUGACUUUUGAUGAUGAUAAGAAAUACAAAAAUGAAUAAUUCGUUUUCUUUUCAAUUAUGCUGCACAUUUGUGUUCAUGCUGCUGCAAUUUUUUCAUUUUCUUAUGAAUUUUUUUUGAUUAUUUUAUUGGCCUUAAGUUUGCUAAGAAAUAAUGCAACUAUUAACUAUGUGAACGAUUUAAUGAAUUUUUGAUAAUUUUCAAAUUGGAAUUUAAAAAUAUAU